AAAAAAAAGUUUAUAGCUAUAACAAAAGUAGCAUGACAUCUUAAAGACUUUGGGGAGGAAAUUAUUUUCAGAAUCAAUAAAGUAAUGCCAGAGAGAGCAUACAGAUAAGGAAGUAAUAAAUAACACUAAAUCAAACAAAGAGUAGGGAACUAUUCAAGAUAAAUCAUUAAGCUAACUGAAAUUAAUAUCAACCUCCCUCUACACUGGAAAGACAAUCAGUCUUUAUCAGAGGUAUAUAGUAAAUUAUGGUUGCUAAUUCUGCUUUCAGAAAGUUGCCACCUAAAAAAAAGUUUCUAUAAUCACUUCCCAAUGUUUUUGAGUGUUUUUAAAUAUCAAUACCAACACAGUCAUAAGAUAUUUAAUAAAAUACUCAACACAAAAGAGCAUGUACAUGAUCCAAGCUUUAUGUAAUAUAUAUAUUCUGGGAAAUUUGUUAUAUAUCUUAUACAGGAAAAGCACUGGUCUAACAGCCAGGAAAUCUGACAUUAUUUAACCAGUACUACUACUAACAAGCUCUGGAAGAAAGGUAUGAUGAAAGACCGACUUCAAGAACUAAAGCAACGAACAAAGGAAAUCGAACUCUCUAGAGAGAGGCAUGUGUCGACUACAGAAGCAGAACAAGGGGUGUUUUUGCAGCAAGCGGUUAUUUAUGAAAGAGAGCCUGUAGCUGAGAGACACCUACAUGAGAUUCAAAAACUACAGGAGAGUAUUAACAAUUUGACAGAUGAUGUUCAAAAAUUUGGGCAACAACAGAGAAGUCUGGUGGCUUCAAUGAGAAGGUUUAGUCUACUUAAGAGAGAGUCUAGCAUUACAAACGGGAUAAAAAUACAAGCAGAAAACAUUAACAGAGGUCUGGAUGAUUUAACAAAAGAAGUUAAAAAGUCAGAGGCUGAAAGUGGUCCAUCGUCAGUGGUGACAAGGAUACUUAAAUCUCAGCAUGCUGCGAUGUUCCGCCAAUUUCAGCAAACUAUGUUUACAUACAAUGACACAAUAGCAGCAAAGCAAGAGAAGUGCAAGACAUUUAUUCUCCGUCAGCUUGAAGUUGCUGGAAAAGAAAUGCCUGAAGAAGAAGUAAAUGAUAUGCUUUAUCAAGGAAAAUGGGAAGUUUUUAAUGAAAGCUUACUUACAGAAAUCACUAUCACUAAAGCACAACUCUCGGAGAUAGAACAGAGACACAAGGAACUUGUUAAUUUGGAGAACCAAAUAAAGGAUUUAAGGGACCUUUUCAUUCAGAUAUCUCUUUUAGUAGAGGAACAAGGAGAAAGCAUCAACAAUAUUGAAAUGAUAGUGAACGGUACAAAAGAAUAUGUUAACACUACUAAGGAGAAAUUUGGACUAGCUAUAAAAUACAAAAAAAGAAAUCCUUGUAAGGUAUUGUGUUGUUGGUGUUGUCCAUGCUGUGGCUCAAAAUAAAGAAGCUAUUUUAGACAUUUUUUCCAGUUUGAAUGAA